AUGCGUGGAUUUAUCAUCAUUAUCUGCCUUGCAUUUGCACAAGCUGAAAAAUUGGGAUACAAUUACGGACAAAGUGGAUCGCAUAAUGCAUUUGAAAGCCGCUUCCGAAAUCGAGGAAAUUCAGCCUCAAACCCUACAACAACCCCUUCAAUAUCCAACGGAGUUGAGACUGGACUUGACAAUGGACUUAGUAGAUACCCUACCGAUACAGUACAAUCAGGACCAGUAGAAACGAACUAUAAUAAGGAAUUCUAUUCUUACUCCGCACCCGAAGAUGACUUCAAUGAUAUUGCAGCGGCACAACGUUUAGCAGCAGCCAUGCGUAAAAAUCUUCGUGUCGUCUUCAUUAAGGCUCCUGAAAAUAAUGGACUUACCAAUGCCGCCCUUCAGUUGGCUCAACAAAAUGCUGAAUCGAAAACCGCCAUCUAUGUGCUGACAAAACAAACUGAUAUCGGCAGUUUGGCCAAUCAACUACAAAAUCUUCAACACAACCCUGAAUCGAAACCAGAGGUACAUUUUGUUAAAUAUCGCACUCCUGAGGAUGCUGUUCGUGCCCAACAAAUUAUCCAACAUGAAUAUGAUGCUCUCGGUGGUUCAUCACGUGUAUCGAAUGAAGGUGUUGCUCCUGUUUUGGAUUUUUCUUCUAAAAAAGUAGCGUGUGUAACACCAAGAAAUACUCAUCUGAGACCCAAC